CGGCGAGCGGCGGGGGCGGAGCGCGGCCCUGGGGCGGCCGAGCCGAGCCGGGCCGAGCCGGGCGGGCGCGGCGGGCUGAGCUGUUUUUCAGGAUCAUAAUGCAGCAGAAAAAUGAAAAGCCAUAGAAGACAUUUGCUUUGGAAAAGAAGUCAGUUGCUGGCCCAGUCUGGAAGAUGGACCACUGUUUUCAGGAAGCUUGGGAAAUACUGCUUCCAAAAGCAAUUUUUCCUAACUUAGAAGAAAAUACAGAGUGCUCAGCUAUUUGUGAGUUUAAAUCCCAACAAACUGUACAGAAGACUGCAGUGCAGAAGGAAGACACCUGAGCUCCAAAGCAGGUGGGCUCCUCAUGUGCUUCUAAAUGCAGAAUCCUGUCCAAAAUCUACAUUUGAAUCAUGCAAAACUACUGAGAGCAAAAAGAUCCCGUCCCUAUUGCAGAGCUGAAAGCCCAUCCGGAGAAGCAGCAAGGAAACUCAACAAUGAACCCUUUGAGAGCGAAGAUCCCUUGAAUGAAGAAUUUGAAACUGUUGCUGUUCUUAAUAGCAUCUCUGGCAAUAUCCAUUAUGUCUCAUGUGGUACUGUGGAAGGUUCUGCCUUACCUGUAAAGAAAGGUGGUUUUGUCUGUAGCGGGGAGGAGAGAAAUAAUGGUGAGGGCAACACAGUCCUGGUAGUUUUAAACAACUAUAAAAGGAAAUGCUGUUGCAAAGGGAGUGGAAUGGAACUUGUGGCCCCUUGACAACUCUGAAGAGGUCCAGAUUUAAUCAUCAUACUGUAAAAAAGAGAUUUUUAUUUAUGAUGCAUAAGAAACUUUCUAUGGUUAGGUUUCGGUAUAGAAUCAUAAAAUCCCCGAAACUUCGAGCAAGAGGCAAGACUUGCAAACUGAGAAAAAUAAGGCCAAGGUGGGUGAAGAAAGCUAUAAGGGACCAUCAAGAGACGCUUCAGUGGGAUUUUGAAAGUGGAGUGUGUAAGUGGUUUUCCUACUGGAAAUCUAAAAGUAGCCGUCUCUGGAACCGGUACAGCUUAUCAGAUAUGAACAAUAAUACACCCAAAUCUUUAGGUGAGGAGAACGAAAUCUGUGCACCCGAGAUCUGCCGUACACAGGACGCGUUACCAUCUGCUGAGCCGUGUUCUGAGGGUCCAGGACCCGGAGGGCAGGAUGGCAGAGUGGACGCUGCCCCACCAGAACUGCGUGUUAGAGCUUCUCCAGAGGCAGAGGCCUUGCACCAGGUGGAGACCAAUGGGGCUCUGUCAGGGGAUCAUUGCUCUGACAUUUUUGUCCCCGUGACAGAAAAAGAAAUCGCUGUUUCAGAUCAAGAAGGUGCAGAAUCCAAGGAGGUUAUGGGUGUAGAUGGAAUGACACUGUUACAAUCCUCCGUGCAGGAUUCUGUUGUUGAUGAUAAUUUUGCAAAUGGACCUUUAUCCAUGGAGCUGACACAAAAUGAGGACAGCUCUAGCCAAAUGGAAGUAGAGGGCUCCUUGGACAUCUUUAGUUCAAAAUUACUAGAUCACCCUUACUGUAAAAGUCCUCUCGAGGAGCCUUCACCGGAAAGCACAGGACUGAAAUCAGGAACUCGGAAGGGAGGCAAAAGGAACAGUCAGAAAACUUCCCAGGUGGCCGAUGAGCAGUUGGCAACGUGGCUUUGUGGAUUCCUAGAUGAAGUUAUGAAGAAAUAUGGCAGUUUAGUACCACUCUGUGAAAAAGAUGUCAUGGGAAGAUUAAAAGAAGUCUUUAAUGAAGAUUUCUCCCAUAGAAAGCCUUUUAUCACCAGGGAAAUAAUGAAGUAUCGGGAAAAACAUCCAAAAACCUCCACUUGCAAUUUCCGGGUCUUCUAUAAUAAGCACAUGCUAGAUAUGGAUGAUUUGGCUACACUGGAAGGCCAGAACUGGCUGAAUGACCAGAUAAUUAACAUGUAUGGUGAACUCGUAAUGGAUGCAGUCCCUGAAAAGGUUCAUUUCUUUAACAGCUUUUUUCAUAGACAGCUCGUAACCAAAGGAUAUAAUGGGGUAAAACGAUGGACUAAAAAGGUGGACUUAUUCAAAAAGACUCUCUUGUUAAUUCCUAUUCACCUGGAAGUCCACUGGUCCCUCAUUACUGUGAACAUCCCCAGUCGAAUUAUUUCAUUUUAUGAUUCCCAAGGCAUUCAUUUUAAGUUUUGUGUAGAGAACAUUCGAAAGUAUUUGCUGACUGAAGCAAAAGAGAAGAAUCGCCCUGAGUUCCUUCAGGGUUGGCAGACUGCUGUGACAAAGUGCAUUCCACAACAGAAAAAUGACAGUGACUGUGGGGUUUUUGUGCUCCAGUACUGCAAGUGCCUCGCCUUAGACCAGCCUUUUCAGUUCUCCCAGGAAGAUAUGCCCCGAGUGAGAAAAAGGAUUUACAAGGAGCUGUGUGAACGCCAGCUAAUAGACUAAUAAAAUGCAGCCAACCUAAUUUCUCUGGCAUUUCUGACAAGUUGCAGCUGGUGUUUGUGUACUUGAAUUUCUGAAAACUUCCAAGAAUUUUGAGCGAUUCUCAGCUGAGUGGUGUGGCCACUGUUGUUACCUCAAUUUUUUGACAAGUUCUUUAACUGGCAGAACAUAACAGAGCUGCCAUAGAAUAUUCCUAAUGUCAGUUUGGUUCUCUUAUGUUCUUUCCUGUAUUUAAUAUUUAUUAUCUCAGCAUGCAUAUAAGCAAAGCAUGCAACUAAAACCAUAAAACUGUAGAUUUGGUGCACCUUUGAGAUGUAGCUAGAAAUGACAAAUACAGGUGAAUUUGUCUGGAAUCAUAAAGAUGCAUGGUAUGUUUUCUGAUGCAAUAAUGCUUUGAAUGUAUCAAAAAAAAAUAAUCAAUGCCAUAAAAAGAACAGCUAGAACUAUUUGGUAGUUACAUUGUCCCUGUUGUGGCUGUACAAUACUGAAUACCACUUUUAGGGUGGCUAAGCUCAUCUACAGUUUUAAUUUGUGAAACCCCUUUUUUAAAAUAGUUCAAGUUGAUAAUGAAGUUUGUUCUGUUAACAUUUAUCUGGCUGCUGUUAUCAGCCUGUCCCUAUAGAUAAAAAGCAGCCUUUGCACAAAUAAAGCUUCAGCACUUGUCUGUACAAUAGGAACUACACAAGUGUUCAGUCAGUCAGAUUAAGGUCCUAGAUGCUGCAGAAGUCUCCAUGAUAUGUGUAUUAAGGAGAAUUACAAAGCUGGCCCUGAAGAGUCGCAGCUUAGAUAGUAAGAUAAACUCCUUGGCUGUAACUGUUUACAUCUCAAAUGGCUUUGAGUCAUUUCUCAGACCCACAAUAUGCAGUGAAACGUACCAUUUUGGCAUUUCUUCCUUCGACUCUGUCUUCAAAGCUUGUUGUCUUUAACCUCCCGUUGGCUUUUGCUUUUGUUCAAAUAUAAAUUAAUUCAUUUCUGCUGCAUCUGCUGUUUGAUUGUCCCUGGUUUGUUUGUUUUCAGUAGCACCGAUGGGUCUGGUUGGUAAUAACAGCGUUUGUGGUGGGUGCUGUGCAGACACAGCGAGGUUGUGUCACUGCUCCAGAGGGGUGGGAGGCUGCGAGUCCCGCACUGAACUUUGCGGUGUUGUUUGCACUGGGCGGGGAUGAGUGAGAGCAGUGGAUCUGUUGGGUUUUCACCUUGGUCCAUAAACUGUGAUGUGCUCCUUGCUGUAGAGAGCUACUUCUGUUUGAAGAGACUGUUGUCUGGCACUGCUACACCAGCAAAUGUCUUUGCUGUGUUUUUCUGCCAGAUAAAGGAGUGAGCCCAGAGGAAAACUAUUUUCAUUGCUAAACAUCAUCUGUUGCACAGCUUCACUUUGUGUCUGUCCAUGGCUCUGGCUUCCGAUGGAGGAAAACCACUUUGACUUCCCUGUCUUGCAAAUUAAUUCAGACUUGAGCUAAGCCAGGUGCAAAUCCCUCCUAAAGGACUGGAGGGAGCAGGGGGAAGUGAGGGAGUGCCAAGCACAGUCAGGCUGGGAAGUGGAAGCGUAUGUGCACUGUGCUGUGCAAGAGGAGUUCCUGCAGUAUCCUUGCGUGUUCCCACUUCCCCUUGUUGGCAGCUGGCAAGGACUGGCUUAAUUUAGCAAGAUAAGGAAAGCUUUAAGCACUUGGUUAGAUAAUUUAAACAAGGAAUUUAUUGAAUCAGAAAGAACCUUAAGACCCAGACAGGCUAAACAUACAUUUGCCCAUUGUAUAGCGCAGAGCACCCCACAGCACAUGGUUUAUUUGUGUUUCCCUGAGGUGUUACUGGUAGGAACAGCAGCACCUUCUUUGGGCAAGUGAUUGCGAGCAAUGGAGGGUGACUUCCAUGAAAAUUGCAAUUUGGGAUGUAGUUUCUCAUAUGGGGAUAGCACAUGUGAGCCAGUGCUGCCAUUCUUGCCUUCUCUCUGCUCUGGUAUCACAAGAACAGCUCCAGUGCUUAUGCUGCCAUGUGGUGGGACAGCUGAUCCAGGCUACAGCUAACCCAGAGGACAGAGGAGUUCUCACCUCGAUGCAACUUGUCACUGUAUGUAUGUACCAGUGUGAAUGAAUACUCAGAAUUGGGUAGCCAGGAAGAGACAUGAAGGUGGUGCCAACUUUGGGUGCACGCAAGGGAGGCUUUACUCUCAAACAAGACUCUUGGCAGAAAGGGAGUGGAAUGCAGAAAGAGAACUGCAUAAGCAAAUGGCUUUUAUUUUCAGAACUUAAGGUAUUUGGUAAGGAAGCUUGAUAGGUGAUGCUGCAUCAGCCUGGAAGACUCAGUGCCUCCAAGAAAGGCCCUUAUUUUUUUGUGAAAUUUGCCACGUUGAUGGAUAUUUUUCAUUGCAUGGGAAUGUGCUGGAGCACUGGACUACAGGCAGUCAUUUCCUAAAGCUUGGUGCCUGCUGCUGGUUGGUAGGUAUCCAUCUUACUCUAUAGGAGAGGUCGUGAGGAGUCUUUAAUCACAAUCCUUUGUCAGUGGCAUCAGCAAAAGCACAGUAUUCCUGUGAACUGUGUGGUUAACGUGGGUGCUUUGAAGCACGUGCAUAUGUGUCCCAGAUCGUUUGAGGGGAGGGGGAUUGCAUUUGAAUGUGCUGCCUUGUGAACUGGGGAACAGGGUGGGGAAACAUGCAUGUUGGAAAGUACUUCUUAUGUGCUUUCUUGUCAUCUAGAGGUUUCCUGACAAGUGUUCCAGUUGGUUAUGGGGCAGCACAGAGGAGUUGCACUUGAGUCUCCAGCUGUGAACACACCAGUGAGGGGCCUCGGAAAAAAAAGGAGGGGAAAUUGAAAACAGAGCUAAUGUAAGCAAAGUAUGUUGGUGCAGGGUUGAAAUUAAUCACAGGCAGUCGGAAUCUCAGGCUCUGUAAUGGUGUAUCCUGUGAAACUGGACUAAUUAACUCCUCCUUGAGAAUGUCUUUGAUGCCUUAAAGGAGAUGGACUCUAUAAUCUGUAGUCAUUUUACUAGUUCUUAAAACAUUCAGAACUAUGUAGAGUGUUUUUAUUAUGAGAGGCACAUUUAUGUGGAUGUAGUUAUGGCUGUUAGCAAUUCCAUUAAUGUGAUCUUCAGAUUUUCAUAAAUCACUCUGAACUGGUUUGGCGGAUGCUUAAAUUUCACGACUUGUUCCAAAGAGAUUGUCUCGCUGUGCUGAUUUAUACAAAUAGUCCCUGAACUGGUGAAGCCUCUGUCUCGUGUGUGACAAAUUAAAGCUACCUGAGUUGUAAUAAACCUUAAACAGAAUUGAAAAUGAA